AUGGUGACCUAUGAUCUCCGAGGCCGGUUUAUCAUGCCAGGAAUCCAUGAUGCGCAUGUUCACCUACCAUCAGCAGGAACAUCCUAUCUCAGUAGCGUCAGUCUAGACGGGGACACGAAUAUAGAGAAUAUCACCCAGAGAAUGCAAGAAGGACAAUGUGUAUGUACUUAUCAACAUGCCUUCCAGGAUUGGAUAGUAGGGGGUGCUUUCACUAUUCCUAAUUUCGAUCGCAUAUCACUGGAUCAAGACUUUCCGGAUACUCCGAUUAUUAUACAAGGUGGUGCAGGACAUAGCGCGUUUCUAAAUACUGCAGGUCUCAUCAGAGCAGGCUAUGAUGUCGACAAUGAACCUAACGCCAAAGGUGCCAGAUUUAGUCGUCGAGCCGAUGGCAGUCUGACUGGUGAGCUGGCAGAGCUAGCCAUGAACAAAGCUAUGAUUGCAAAAGGGUCUCCGAAUGUGACUUAUGCAAAACGGGCUAUCAAAGCCGCUAUUCGUCUUUUACAUCAGGCAGGUGUUACAUCCUGUCAAGAGGCUGCGACUAAUACUGUCAUUAUGCAUGCGCUGCGUGAACUCGAUGAGGAAAAUGCGCUCCACAUGAAUAUUGCCGCCCAUUCCGUGUAUGGACCUGAAUUUCUUGCUAAUGAAGAUCAAGACUCGCUCAGAUCUUUGCUUGACGGCGUGCCAUUACCUCCGUUGUUCACAAGCGCCGGUCUAGAUGAGAGUGGAAAAGUUGAUUCUAGCAGGAUCCAUGUUGAUGAUGUCGUUGAAGCAGUGAGACGCUUUGAUGAGUGUGGUAUGACAGUAAAAAUCCGUGCAACUGGGCGUGGAAGCACUCGGCUCGCUCUAGAUGCCAUUAAGAUGGCGAGACUGGAUGGGCAGAGGCUAUUACACCAUGAAAUAGCUCACUGUAACAACAUAGAAUCAGAUGACAUUGAGCGUUUCCGAAAACUCAAUGUUACUGCCGAGCUAUCUCCUGCAUGGUUAUUCGACCAUCCAAUUGUAAAAGCAAGCAAUGGUGCCAUGAACUGGGAUUUUGUCCAGCUACUUGAAGCUCAAGUCUAUCCCAUUACCGUCGGAUCCGAUUGGGGCAGUCGUAGUGAUCCAUCACUGCUACCCAAAGUUCAUGAUGUAGUCCGCAGAGUCGGAGACUGGACAGUGAGCAGAUCCGACAAAAAGACGGGCCCUGCUACCUCUGACAAAAUCUCCUGCGGAGCGAACCUGGUUCUUGAGAUGUUGACUAAGAAUGGAGCCGCGGCUGUAGGACUGAGUGAGGUGAGCGGAAGCAUCGAGGUUGGAAAACGUGCCAAUUUCAUUAUGCUUGAUCGAGCUAUUGUCGGAGAGGUUGGGGAAGGAAAGAUGGCAGAUUUCGAGAACAUCAAAGUCUUGAAGACUUGGUUUGAGGGUGAGUUGGUUUGGGAUGCUGAAAGUGAAGUCAUCUAG